AUGAACGCCAAAGGUGCAGGGUUGACAUAUGUAAGCGAAUACAAAUCUGAUGAAUUCAGAACAUUCAGAGGCGGUUUGAGACAUUUGCCUGAGAGAGCAGAGGCUAUGGUACAUAAUAGCAAGAACAAUUUGUCUAAUUAUCAUGACAAAUUUAAUUAUGAGAGAGGGUUCAUUUAACACUCAAGAUCAUUAUCUAACCAACACCACAAUUUCCAUUUUAUGUAUGGAGGACCUAAAGAAUACUUAUUCAAGAGACUUUUCUAUGGUGCAUGGUAUAGAAAGAAUAUCAGAAAUUUCUGGUUCCCUGCUGUGUUUAGUUAUGGACUUGGUUGUUUCUGCAUGAGAUUAUAUGAUAAUGCAGCCCAUGACUUCUUUUAUUUCACCGAUUGA